AAAGACAUCUGCUCCAAAGCGCCUGAAUAUCCUAAGAUCUCAAACCCUCAACCAGUAAACCCACAUUCUCAAACACACUCCCACCCUAAAUCCAAAAUGCACGGCGGAAGACACGAGAACUACGGCUCCAGCGGCAUGGGCGGCGGCUACAACGACGGCCCUAGAGAAAACUACGGCGGUGGCAUGGGAGGAGGCAUGGGCGGUGGCUACGGAGGCGGCGGCCGCGAGAACAUGGGCGGCGGUAUGAGCGGCGGCAUGGGCGGAGGCUACGGAGGCGGCGGCCGAGACAACUACGGUCCCUCCGGCGGCAUGGGAGGCGGCCCCGGUCCCCGCGAUAACUACAAUGGCGGAGGCGGCAUGGGCGGAGGCAUGGGAGGUGGUAUGGGCGGCGGCUACGGCGGCUACGGCGGUGGCCGUGAAGAGUACGGACAUUCAGGUGGUCACUCUUCUCACGGACGUAAGUUUACCCCAUUCUCAUUUCCCCCGAUAGGACACAGUGAAGUUGACAUCAUCAUAGGCCGUAACAGCUACGACCGCCGCGAUAGCUACGAUCGCCACGACAACCACAGCAGCCACGGCAGCAGUCACGACAGCCACAACAGCAGCAGUGGUGGCAGCGGCGGAGGUCUCCUCGGCGGGAUCCUCGGCGGCGGAGGAAAGGAUAAGAAGGAGGAGAAGAAGAGCGAGGGGUUCACGGACAAGUUGAUUGAUGGUGCCGCUUCGUAUGCCAAGAAGAAGUGGUAAACCCCAAAAAGCAUCUUCUGACACAAAGUCAGAAAGACGAAUGAUGUAAUGACUACCUCUUGUAUUAGUAGCCCGGGCCUACGAUCAUGGCCUGUAGUAAUAAUUUCACGAUUAUUAAAAACAGGACUACACUCUUCGUGCUUGGAUGUCUCUUUUUUUGCUUCUUCUCGUGCGUUUGUCAGUC